AGCCAUCUCAGCUCGAGUGCGCCCUGGCCCAGCGUGCGGGCGGUGCGCCCCUGCUUGAGCGCGCGGCGGGCCGGGCCGCCACUCGCCUCGGCUGCGCCGCCCCGGUGGAGGGGGCAGCAGCCGCGCCGGGCGAUGACGCGGCGGGCGGCGCUGGCGGCCGGGCUGCUGCUGGGGGCCCUCGCGGGGGCCUCUGGCAAGGACAUCCGAGGGAGGCUUGUUCUCGGGGGCACGCAGCAGAUGUCCGGGAGGUUCAGUUACUACGGGGAGCAGUCGCUGAACGUCCUGAAUAUGUGGAAGGGGCUGGUGGACGCAGAUGACAGCUUCCCCUACAACAUAACGCUUUCUUUCGAAGAUGACGAAUCGUCUUCGAGCCUCUACACUUCGAAGCUGGGCGACAUGUUGAUCCCCCGCACCGCGGACUCCCCAGACGUCGUCAUCUGCCCGUACACCUCCGGGGCCACCAAGCUGGUCUGCGACUUCCUGGACGACAGCAACGUAUCCGUGCUGUGCGGCAUCUGGGGAGCCGCGUCGGAGAGCGUAUUCGAGUACCCCGAGGGCGGGAGGGGCCUCAACCUGCGGGUGCAGUCGACCGGCAAGGGGGGGAACUACUUCAAGGCGGGCCUCGAGCACUCCUUCGAGCAGCUCGGCGCCGCCGAGGCCGCCAGGCGCCUCUCGGGCACCGCCCGCGUGCCGACCGCCGCCUUCAUCUGGCGCCAGACCGACGCCUUCAGCAAGUCGCUCUGCAUCGGGGCCAUCGACGCGGCGACCGCGCUGGGGUUCAACAUCACCCUGCAGGCGGCGAUCGACCCGCUGGUGGACGACGAUGGUGGUGACUCCAUCUAUCAGCAGAUGAAGGACUGCGACGGCAUCGGGACGGUCCCCUUUGUCGACAUGUUCGACGUCACCCAGUACGGCCUGAACCCGCUGGUGGACAGCCCAGACCUGGCCGACGUCGUCGUCGGGUGCGGCCUCUACGACAGCCAGACCGCAGUCGUCCUCGGCCUGAUCGCCAGGGGCAUCCGGCCGAAGUUCACCUUCAUGACGAACGUCAACAAUGCCAAGCUGCUGGCGAGCGUCCUGCCCUACAACACGAUCGACGUCUUCAUGCCGACCCCGUGGACUCCGACGGCGCCAGGCUCGGACGAGGUGUGGGGCACCGGCCUGGACUUCUACGAGGGCUACAUGGCGCGGUUCGGCAAGGCGCCGUCGUACCAUGGCGCGGCCCUCGCAGGCUGGCUGACCAUGCUGACGCGUGCCCUGAAGCGCUCGGCGGACAGCCACGCGUGCUCCGGCGGGGAGUGCGAGCUGGAUGCGCACGCGCUUCGAGCUGCGUACGAGGUGCCUGAGGUGACCUUCUACGGCACGAUCGGCCUCAACGAGUACGGCAUGAACGAGGAUAUGCCCUUGAUUCAGGUGCAGACCCAGCUGGGUGGCGGAGGGUCGUUCGUGCAGGUGCCGGCUAUUCCUGUCGACAAGGUUCCAGACUCAUGGACGGCUGCGGAUGGGAUGCUCCCAAGGUGGCCGGCCCGUUCGUGGUCGGAGGCGAGAACCGACUUCAUCAAUUCCUACUGCGGCUCCGAAGGCGUGUACAUCGACUCAUUUACCAUGAUGAAGGUGGGGCUGGAGCGAGCGGCCAACCACUUCGUCGACCAUGGCACCUCCAGCCCGCCGGUCGCUGGCGACAUCGCCGAGUGCAUCCAGUGCCAGAUGGGCAGGAGCCGGUCCAGCAGCUUCGCGGAGUGCUACCCGUGCGCCGCCGGCACGUUCGCAGCCUCGCCGGGGCAGGCCGAGUGCGAGCUCUGUCCCGUGGGCUCGGCCGUGGGCUCCGUGGGCGCCCUGGAGUGCGGCAACUGCACGGUGGGCCGGGUGGCCGGGGAGCGGGGCCGCAAGGUCUGCCAGGACUGCGAGCAGGGGCGCUUCAUGGCGGAGGAAGGCCAGUCGGAGUGCACCAACUGUCCGGUGGGCAGGUACCAGCCGGGGGUGGGCCAGAGCGAGUGCCUGCAGUGCACGGACCUCGACGGCUCCGAGAUGACCACCCAGUUCCUGGGGUCCACGGAGUCGGCGCAGUGCAUCUGCCCCGAGGGCAAGUUCAAGGAGCAGGACAACGAGUCGUGCCGGGAGUGCCCCGCGGGCAUGGUGUACAGCAGGGCCGGGCCCGCGGCUUUCCCGUGCAGCUGCCCCGCGGGCACCUUCCUCGGCUCCAGCCUGGGCGAGUGCCUCCCGUGCCCGAGCGGCAUGGCUUGUGCGGCUGGUGUGGGGGCCCCCACCUUGAAGCCGGGUACGUGGGCGCACCUCUCGGACGAAGAGGGUCGGAGUUACAGCGUCUACCGCUGCCGCGACAAGUUGCAGUGCCCCGGGGGGCCUGCGGGCACCUGCGCGGACGGCCGCGACCCGGACAUUGUGGGCUGCGCCGCCUGCCUCGCGGGCCACGUGCCCACCUCGGGCGGCCACACGUGCAAGGUGUGCGGGAGCGCGGACUACGUGCCCCUCGUCUUCACCAUUCUGCUGCUGCUGGUGGCCGGCUGCCUCAUGGUGUACUUCUCCACCGUCGACGUGACGAAGACGAGCGUCAACAUGGUGGUGGCCCUCGCGAUCUGCGGCCAGUUCGUGAUCGUCAUCCAGUGGUUCUCCGUCUUCCAGGGUCUCGACGUCGUCUGGGUCGAGCCUUUCUCCUCCGUGGUAAAGUUUGCCGCCAUCUUUUCCUUCAACUUCGAGUACCUGAAGGUUGGAUGCUUCCUGGAGACGUCUAACGAGGUCGUCAUCUUCGCGUUGAGACUGAUGUGUCUCCCCGUGCUGGCGGGGGGCCUCGUGCUCAUGAUGUUCCUUCACUCCAAGUACAAGGGCCUCACGCUGGACACGGACCAGGUCAUAAACUCGGUGGGCCUGAUUAUGAUGGUACUCUUCUUAGCCGUGACCCUGGCGGUCGUCAGUCCCUUCAUGUGCGCAGACAGCCCGAACGGGACGCAAUCCAUAGCGUCGAACCCCUCGGUCAUCUGUGAUGAUAAUGGCGAGUUCGUCACUCUCGUCGUGCUCGCAGUGAUAGGUUUGCUCGUUUACUCUGUUACGCCAAUGGCACUCGUCACGUAUGUGACGUUGAGGUACCCCGCAAUCGUCGCUUCGGGUCAUGCCAGCACCAUACUGACGAGGUAUCGCUUUCUGUUCCAGCGAUUCACGGUUGAGCGCUAUUACUACGGGCCGAUCUUCUUCUUCAGGAAUUUCUUAAUGGCCGUGGUGCCCGUGAUCUUCGUCAAUUUCGCCCACUUGCAGGUCAUCGUCCUGGCCGGCAUGUUCGUUUUCUUCGCUUUGCUCUCUUGCUCGCUCAAGCCGUGGCGCGGCCGAACCCCAAAUCUCGUGGAGGCUCUAUUGAUGGGCAACUUCAUCCUCGCCCUCAUGGUCGCUGGGAUCCUUGUGGAUGUCGACGUGGACGGUGUCACGAAAGAUCUGCAGGUCAUCCUCUUGGUCGUCGUGAUUGGCAUGUCUUUCCCCUUGUGCAUCUUCCUAGGCCAGCUGGCCUACAGGAGCCUGCUGACCACCUCGAAGACUUACGGAAUGUUCCUAUCCCACCACAAGCUUGGGAUGGCGGCAGGGGCGCGCGUGGCCAAGAUGGAGCUGUCCCGGCGCACUGGCAAACGGAUCUUCUUGGACUCCGACGAGCUCGACGACCUGGACUCCGUCCUGGACACGGUGCGCAACGGGACGGAGUGCUUGGUCGUGAUGCUCACCACCGAGACACUCUGGCGGCCCUGGUGCGCGGGCGAGAUCGCCGUGGCGCACACCAACUCCACGCCCAUCAUCUGCCUCUCCUCGGACGGAUACACGGAGCCCUCCGAUCAGAACCUCACGGUCAAGAGCUUGAGCGAGCGCUGGAGCGUCGAGCAGUUCGCGCCGAUGGCUCUGGAGGGCGUCACCUUCGAGACGGUCCGCGAGGCGUACCUGUCCCUGCGCGGGCAGAGCAAGAUCUCGUGGAAGCGCGCGGGAGCGUCGGUCAGCCCACAGAUCGUCCUCGACGCCAUGGUGCAGGAGACCAUUGAGAGGUCCCACCACGCCAGCAGGAAGGGAACGUCCAACAGCAGGAUGUCCAGCGUUGUGGACCGCGCCGCAGCCGAGGUGGUGGUGGUCGCGAACAGUGACGACGGCGAGGCGGUGUCGUCUGCGCAGGUGCUCGCCAUCAUGAUCCGCGCCCAGAUGCAGUGGCACACACUGGUUGCCGUGUCGGGUAGAGACCUGAGUCAGGACCAGAUGCCCAAGGCGGUCAUCGUCAGCCUCACGAAGGACGCGUUCCGCUCCGAGGUCUUCGUGCGGGCGCUGCUCGCCGCGCGCUCGACCUACGGCACCGACCCCUACCUGAUGUCGACGCGAAGCGCGGAUUUCCAGUUUCCCGUGCCAGAGGUCUUGGACCCGAUCCAGAAGAGGCUUGCGGCGAUCAUUGACGUCGACGUCGUGGAGAUAGAAACGGCGAUUGCGCCCUUGUUAUCCAGCUUGGCGUUGCCCUUUUUCGCAGGCACUCGGGAGUCCCUCGUCGUGGCGGAGGCACAGGCCAUCGCGUCCAGGCUCAGGAGGUACACCUCUGCCUCGUCCAAGGCUAUCUCCUCGACUCAGGUCCGCUCCUGGUGCCAGGAGAGGCCGGGGCGCGGCAGCGGUGCCGAUAUGGCGCGGCAUAUUUAUUCGGGAGGAUCGUCGAAGGCAUCGUCGAGAGAUCCGCAGCAGUCGCCGCGGCCCCGUACCUCAGAGGCGUCGGGUGAGACUCAUGAGAACGACGAUAACAACGAGGUGGUGCCGUCGGCGACGGAGGAGUCAAUCUGAGCGGAGCUGCCAGCGUUCUGCUUCUAUGUUGUUUACCAAGGCCGCUCUCGCCGGAUCCACCUUGCCAUGUGCUCACUCCUGUACCAGGGCCGCUCUCGCCGGAGCCACCCUGCCAUGUGCUCACUCCUGCGCCCCCCCCCCACGUGCGAGCUGUGUGCCAUGCCCAUUUUGAAGCCGUCACUGUGCCUUGCCCAUUUUGAAGCCGUCAUUCCCCACCGCCUUUUGCGUUUCGCGCUGCGCUCGGGAGGGUUCGCGCUCUGUUUUAGCGCAAGGCCAACAAGCACCUGAAACGAGCGCCCUGCCUGCUGCCCUCUGUUUGUCCCCCUCCCGCCUGCCCUCGUCCCGCCGGCCCCGGCCCCCCCACUCGCGCGUUCGUCGUCGCCUGCCUGCUUCUCCCCUCCUCCCUCGCUCCCUCUCUGGGCGCAUCCUUUUCCACCUCCUCAUCCUCAUCCUCGCCCUUGCUUCUCUCGAAUGAACUAAGAUAGAAAUGCAGUCUCCGCUUAGGCCGCCUGGCGCCGCUUGAGCGCGAUGGAGCACGCUGCAGGUUGCGAGUUUUAGGGGCGCCCCCCUAGCCACAGGCUUACCAGCAGAUGGCACGAGUGACAGCAAUGCACUUUUUGUUCCUUUUUGUUCCUGUCCGCCAGCAUGCUGACCAGUUCCAGAGCCUAGACGUGGUCGUAUAAACAGUCCUUGCUUCUCUCCACCCCGCCCCCACCCCACUCCCCCCC